AUGCUCGCAAGCCGGUUAAUACCGCGGACUGCGGUUCGCUCUGCCUUCACGAGGUCCUCCCUCCCUACCGUCGCAGUGCCGAGAUGGCGACGCUCAUACGCUACCGAGGCUGAGGAGAAGGAUCUCGUUAUCAUCGGCGGUGGUGUCGCUGGCUACGUCGCCGCCAUCAAGGCCGGCCAGGAGGGCCUGAAGGUCGCUUGCAUCGAGAAGCGUGGCACCCUCGGCGGCACAUGUCUGAACGUCGGCUGCAUCCCGUCAAAGUCCCUCCUCAACAACUCGCAUCUCUACCACCAGAUCCUCCACGACACCAAGAACAGGGGUAUCGAGGUCAACGAUGUCAAGCUGAACCUGGCCAACCUGAUGAAGGCCAAGGACACCUCCGUCGCCGGCCUCACCAAGGGAGUCGAGUUCCUCUUCAAGAAGAACGGCGUCGAGUACCUCAAGGGCUCCGGCUCCUUCGUCAACGAGCACGAGGUCAAGGUCCAGCUCAACGACGGCGGCGAGACGAGCGUCGUCGGCAAGAACAUCCUCAUCGCCACCGGCUCCGAGGCCACCCCUUUCCCCGGCCUGGAGAUCGACGAGAAGCGCGUCGUCAGCAGCACCGGCGCCAUCGCCCUGGAGAAGGUCCCUGAGAAGCUCAUUGUCAUUGGUGGCGGCAUCAUUGGCCUCGAGAUGGCCUCCGUCUGGUCCCGCCUGGGUUCCAAGGUCACCGUCGUCGAGUUCCUGAACCAGAUCGGCGGCCCCGGCAUGGACUCCGAGAUCGCCAAGCAGACACAGAAGAUCCUGAAGAAGCAGGGUAUCGACUUCAAGCUGUCCACAAAGGUCGUCGACGGUGACGCAUCGGGCGAGACCAUCAAGCUGAACGUUGACGCCGCCAAGGGUGGCAAGGCCGAGUCUCUGGACGCCGACGUCGUUCUCGUUGCCAUUGGUCGCCGGCCAUACACCGGAGGACUGGGCCUGGAGAACAUUGGGCUGGAGCUCGACGAGCGUGGACGUGUCAUCAUUGACCAGGAGUACCGAACCAAGCUCCCCCACAUCCGGUGCGUUGGAGAUGUCACCUUCGGGCCCAUGCUGGCGCACAAGGCCGAGGAGGAAGCCGUUGCUGUCGUCGAGUACAUCAAGAAGGGCUACGGCCACGUUAACUACGGGUGCAUCCCAUCGGUCAUGUACACGUACCCCGAGGUCGCAUGGGUGGGCCAGAGCGAGCAGGAGCUCAAGGCGGCCGGCACCCCCUACCGCGUCGGAACCUUCCCCUUCAGCGCCAACUCGCGCGCCAAGACGAACCUGGACACGGACGGCAUGGUCAAGAUGCUCGCGGACCCCGAGACGGACAGGCUUCUCGGCGUGCACAUUGUCGGCCCCAACGCCGGCGAGAUGAUUGCGGAGGGAACGCUGGCUCUGGAGUACGGCGCUUCGUCCGAGGACAUUGCGAGGACGUGUCACGCGCACCCCACGCUCGCUGAGGCGUUCAAGGAGGCUGCGAUGGCGACGCACGGCAAGGCUAUCCACUACUAA